AUAUGGAAUCUCUAGCAAAAUUCCACUAAUUCACACACAUCUUCUAAUUCGCUUUUGUCAACUAUACUUGUUAAUUUGCACAAGCCGUGAUGGCAAUAUAAAUAGCAAAACCACCACCCUUUGUCCACGAGAGAAAUUAAUCACAUCCAAUACAAAUUGAAAUCAAAGCAAAGCAAAGUGAGUCACGAAGAAGAAAUAAAAAGGAAGAGAUAUGGGAAACGCUAUGGGGAGUAAAAAAGCCAAGAUAAUGAAAAUAGACGGUGAAACGUUCAAGCUCAAGACUCCAGCUAGAGCAAACGACGUCGUUAAGGACUACCCCGGACACGUUCUCUUGGACUCUCACGCGGUGAAAAACUUCGGGCCUCGUGCCAAGCCACUUGAGCCUGACUACGAGCUCAAGCCCAAGAAGAUUUAUUUCUUGGUGGAGUUACCCAAGGUUAAGCCCGAACCACUAGGAACAAGGAGGGUGCGAUCCAGUGGGAUCCGUGGAAUGAACGCCCAGGAUAGGCUCGAUUUCUUGAUGCUGUCCAAACGGAGCGUUUCGGACCUUACUAUGGUGAAGCAUGGGCCUGGCCCAGAAAAUGGUGGGCCCACCAGGCUCAAAAUGAGGCUGCCCAAGGCUCAUUUGGAGAGGCUCAUGGAGGAGAGCCACGACGGGGGCGAGGUGGCCGAGAAAAUCAUAAGUUUGUAUAUGGGGAACAAUGCCGCCGUGGAUGGCAGUGGCGCAACCGUGGAGGCUCACAAUCGCAAACCAAGAAGGAAACGGGUGAGUUUCAGUCCAGUGGAACAAGGGGAAAUUCAUGAAGAAUCAGCAGCUCCUCAACAGUCACUAGUUUAUAGCAGUCCUUCUAGAUAGUCAUUUAUGCAGAACCAAACCAUUAUUUAUAUGUUAGGUGCUUCUGAAGCAAUGUAAUAUAUUGCCCUAAAAUCUGUAGCCUAUAUAUUGAUAAAGACAUGUACAUACAUUUAUACACUAGUAGUGCUCGCAGAUCAGAAGGUGCAAAUGUUGCUUCAAUUUUUCGCCCCAUUUGUAGUCAAAUUUGGAAGAUAUUUUCUAGAGAUAAGUAUUGCUUUUAAUUGGCUUGAUUACACUUUUAAUCUAUUUACUUUCUGAGUUUCA